AUGAAUCUCUUCUCUUCCAUAUUUAGCUAUUUGCUACUGCACUUGUUUGCUUUCUGCUUGCAGGCACAGGUAACUGUUCAGUCCCCACCUAAUUUUACACAGCAUGUGAGGGAGCAGAGCCUGGUGACCGACCAACUAAGCCGGCGACUCGUCCGGACCUAUCAGCUGUACAGUCGGACCAGUGGAAAGCACGUGCAAAUCCUGGACAACAAGAAAAUCAAUGCCAUGGCAGAGGAUGGAGAUGCUCACGCCAAGCUCAUCGUGGAGACCGACACAUUUGGGAGCCGAGUGAGAAUUAAAGGAGCUGAGACAGGAUUCUAUAUCUGCAUGAACAAGAAGGGAAAGCUGAUUGGCAAGAGCAAUGGCAAAGGCAAGGACUGUGUCUUCACUGAGAUUGUGCUGGAGAACAACUACACUGCACUGCAGAAUGCCAAGUACGAAGGCUGGUAUAUGGCUUUCACCCGGAAGGGUCGUCCCCGCAAGGGAUCCAAAACUCGUCAGCAUCAGCGUGAGGUUCACUUCAUGAAAAGGCUGCCCAAGGGACACCAAACGACCGAGCCUCACAGACGCUUCGAAUUUCUCAAUUACCCUUUCAACCGGAGGAGUAAAAGGACUCGGAACUCGAGCCCAAAGCCCACUCCUUGA